AUGGCCUCGCCGGCCGCCAGCCCCGACUCCUCCGUCACCUCCGCCCCGGCCUGCUCCCCCACCUCUGACUCUGAGAACCUCAGUCCUGAUGAGCUGGAGCUGCUGGCCAAGCUGGAGGAGCAGAACCGGCUGCUGGAGGCCGAUUCCAAGUCGAUGCGCUCCAUGAACGGCUCCCGGAGGAACAGCGGCUCCUCCUUGGUCUCCAGCUCCUCGGCCUCCUCCAACCUCAGCCACCUGGAGGAGGACACUUGGAUCCUCUGGGGACGCAUCGUCAAUGAAUGGGAUGAGUGGAGGAAGAAGAAAGAGAAGUUGCUCAAGGAACUGAUCCGGAAAGGGAUCCCCCACCACUUCAGGGCCAUUGUCUGGCAGCUGCUCUGCAGUGCCACCGACAUGCCUGUCAAGAACCAGUACUCAGAGCUCCUCAAGAUGUCCUCUCCUUGUGAGAAGCUGAUCCGACGGGACAUCGCCCGCACCUACCCCGAGCACGAGUUCUUCAAGGGCCAGGACAGCCUGGGCCAGGAGGUGCUCUUCAACGUCAUGAAGGCCUAUUCGCUGGUGGACCGGGAGGUGGGAUACUGCCAGGGCAGUGCCUUCAUCGUGGGCCUGCUGCUCAUGCAGAUGCCUGAGGAAGAGGCCUUCUGUGUCUUCGUGAGGCUGAUGCAGGAAUAUCGCCUUCGCGAGCUCUUCAAGCCCAGUAUGGCCCAGCUGGGACUCUGCAUCUACCAGUUUGAGUACCUGCUGCAG